AUGCCGCGACUCCUGCUAGGGUGGUGGCUGGCCAGGUUGGCGCAGCCGCUUCCCCUGCUCCCGCAGGAUCUCUACUGCCGGAAUGCCUCCUUCCGUUUGGCGAUGCCGGACACCAGCAAGGGUGGUGUGGCUCAGGCAGAUAUUCCCUGCGACAGCCGAGCUUUCGGCCGCGGGGCGACCUGCUGUGAAGCGGAGGACGUCGCAGCUGUAAUGGAUCAUCUGGAGCACAGCAUCAGCUUCGGGAUGCGGCACCUGGCUGAUCGGCAAGAGUUUCUGGAUCAAUACUCGGCUGCUUCGCUGCAGAAGCAUCCCUGCGGAGAUGCCCCCGAGGCCAUGCUGAGUGCACGGCUGAAGAAGCUUGUGGAGUGCCAACAGAUCUCACAGGAGAUUUUGAGCCUGCUCCAAGGGACGGUGAGUCACCUACUUUGCGCUGCCUGCCGGGGCAGUGCAGAAGGCGAAGGAGCCGAGGGACUGCUAGUUGAGGCUGAGGCAGCCAUCUCAGACGAGUGGCGCCGCCUCUCUGCGUUGAUGCAGAAGGUCUACCAGGAGCUGCGUGCUCACGAUGCAGCUGUGGCCGGGCAGAUGCGGCAGGUGGGCGUUGAAGCCUGUGUCAUGGACUUCAUCGAGGCGCAGCGUCGCGGCAUCCCCUCUCCGACCGCGCAUCGUGUGAGCAUACGGCCCUGGCAACAGCGAGACGGAGUCGGAGGCUUUCGCGACACCUGGCAGCGGUACGUUGAUGGGCUUUUGGCCGUCUCCACGGAGCUGGCAGAGGCCAUCAUGUCCGAAGUGACCGGAUUGAUGUUGACCUACCAGCAUGCACUGCAGCCGGAAAGCAACGCGCAGUUUCUUCUUUGCGGAGUGCCUGCUGUAGCGCAGCCCCCGCUGCUGCCGACGAGGUUACCGCCCAGUGCGGAGCCAGAUGAUGAAGGACCCGAGAUGACCCUCCUCGUGGCGAUGCCGAAUCCUGGAACAAAUCUGCGCUUUGACUUCGCCAAUGAUAAGGCGACUCUGAGUAAGGAUGCUUUGCUCAAGCACGUCUCAGCGCUGAACCCGCUCCUGGAUAAGAUGGCUCAAGGUGAGUCCGUGAAGAUCGUCAUCGUCACCGCCAACCCAGACCAGGCAUCAUAUCUCUCGCGGCUCAUCACUGGCCAUGAUCGGGUGCGACUCAUCUGGCGUCGUUUCGCCCUCUUCAACGCAGAAGAGCUUGCCUUGUUCUACGCGGGGAGGGCGGCGAACGAUGGACCCAGGGUCGUGGCCUCUUUCCAAGUCUCCAGCGGCGGGGACGCGAAAGCGCUCCAGGGCUCCGCGAUGCUGCUGGCAAAGCUGAUUCGCAGCCCGUCGGUCAAAGUGGUGUGGCCGCAGCACUUGCGCCCCGCACAACCAUCGACUUGGCCGAGCCAGGUCCGCGCGUCCGCCGGGCGAGGCUACGGCCUGGCCCUCCGGGAGUCUCCGGACACGGCGCCUUGCCCGGCGCUGGUUUCGGUCUUGAAGGAUUACCUCGACUUCCACCGUGCAGCAAGGAAGACUCUCCUGGAGCAAGCGACCUUGGGUGCUGGAGGGCCAAUGCCUCGGCUGCUGAUCUACCGCUGCUCGGCCAUGGGCUUCUGUGGCGGCCACGGCGAUCGUCUGAAUGGACUUCUCGGGGUGUUCCUGAUGGCUAUAGCCUCUCGGCGGGCCUUCUUCAUCGACUCUGCGCGUCCCGUCCCUCUUCAUCAGCUGCUGCAACCUCGCCGCCGUGCGGCAUCGUGCGGCAAAGCUCUCCAAGAUGCUGAGUUUCUCUUGGACUGGCGGCUGCAUGGCGCUAUCUCUGCUGUCGGCCGGAGGACGAACUACAACGAUCGGUACAACGAUUUGGUGGACGACCUUCCAUGGAUCUUGACCCAAGAGCCCGAGAAGGUGGUGGUGAUGCAUACCAAUCAGAGAGUUUCGCCAGCUGUGCUGCAGAGCAAGGAGGCUCAGUCGCUGAUGGGGCCCCUUGCAGCACAGCUUCUCAAAACGCCGUAUCUCCAUGCAGCAUUGCUCGAGCUCCUCUUCGAACCCUCGCAGCUGCUUGCAGCCCGGCAUGCCGAGGUGCUGGAGGCCGCCAAGUUGGGGCGCAAGCGCCUCAUUGCCGUCCAUUUCCGAGCUGGAGACAAGUCACCGAACAGGUGGUCAGAUCCACCCCGGCACGGCCUCAGCGACUUGGAGGGCUUCCUGGGAUGUGCACAGGGACUGGAAAGACAUCAGCGCUGGAAGGACGACGACGUGGCCUGGUAUCUUGCUGCCGACACUGCCGAGGCGGGCUCAUCGCCUUUGAUAGCUGAGUUGAUCAAGCGGAACAAGCUUGCAUUCUUGCCAGGGCAAGGUGACGCCUCUAUUGUUCAUCUUGAUCGAAGUCCGCUUCCGGUGGCCGUUGCCGGGAUCACAGACACAUGGGCGCAGUGGCUCACCAUCGCCUCGGCGGAUGGCGUAAUUCUCAGCGCCAGCAACUUCGGGUUGACGGCUGCGGAGGCUGGGCGAGUUCCGGUGGCCUUCUUGGGAGCCUACGGAUGUCUUGAAUCCGAUCUGACGGCGGUCUGA